UCAAAUGCGACAGCCUGUGACAAUCCGUAAUCACUAAUAAUCAUUACCAUCAGUAAUUAGUGGAAUUAAAGGCUGAAGUCUGGGCCACGUUUUUUCCAAAGGCCCCACACACAGUAGCCUACUAAAGACCGAAGGGUGUUGCAUGGAUAUAAUUCGGAAUUUAAUAGGACCUCUAUGGCUUCAUGAAUGAAGUGUCUCUGAUGUCACGUUGUUUACCUCUGCGUCGGAGUGACACGCCUUCCAUUCCAGGCAUAUAAACCUCAGGAAUUCAGGCACUCCAGCAGACUUGGAAAUUGAUCCAAAGCUACUUUUCAGGAUGACAGUGAUUAUUCUACUCCUGCUGGUACUUGCGUUGACAUUUUCUGAAGCGGAGGACAAUGAGCUGUUCUCCGUGAUCAGCACCCCCCCUGAGAAGGGCCAGAGUGUUUUACCUGGCCAGAACCAGAGCACGAGGCUAGGGGUCAAAGACCGCUCUCUCCCCAUCAACGAGCUCCUGGAAAAGGGCAGCAAAGUCGGGGACUCCAAGUACGUCCUCCACCCCCUUCCUUCGGGGGUCUGGCCCAAGGACAGUGACCCUCGCCCCGGCCUACACAACAAGAGCAAGAAGGGCCCUAAAAAUGACCGCCUGAUUGAGCACAACAGCGAGAAAAAGCGCGGCGAGGCGAGUCUAGUGCUUCCCAAAAUGCCACUGACCGCUGCCACCAACCGCACACAGAAAAUAAACGUGGACCCUCACCAGGACCCCCACACCAACUUCAACAACCCCCCACAGAGUGACCCGGACAGUCACCCCAACUCCAGACCCAGGGGCCAACCUCACUCGGCCCCCUCCCCUCGCAGGGACCCCUCAACCAGAAAGCUGGACCCGGAGGAGAACCGCCCUGGGGGGAGUUCCAGUCUGUACCAGUCCGGCGGCGCCACCCGGAAUAACAGCCGCUCAUCUGUGCUCCUCAACCGUCGCUCCUCCAGCCUGCUCUACCAUUUCGACAUUCUGAAACGAGAGUCUGACUUCCCUCACGAGGCCGUCUGCAUGAGUGAGUGCAGGAAGGAGAAGGAGGAGAGAGAGCACUACUGCUACAGUGAAUUUGCCGUCAAUGGGGUCGUUCACGACAUAGACGUGGUGCGUAAGGGGAUUAGACUCCUCACACUGAUGGUGAGCAGCGAUGGCUUCUACAAGAUGGGCCGCCUCUACGUCACUCCAGACAGCUUCUUUCUCAAAGUGCGUCUCCUUGUCCUGGACACCUACAAAUGUAGCAAGCCUUGUCCUGACAUCAAACUAGGUAGCCGGUACAUUAUAAUGGGUCAGAUCUACCACCGGAGGCGCCACCUGCCCAACGACCUCCUGGCCCUGCUGGGGGGAAAACUGAAGCCAGGGGACGGCCUCCUGCGUAGCAACAACUACGUCAAGCGCUUCAACAAGAGGAGACACCAGAAAGCCCUGGAGGCCACCCGCUCCAAGUGUAGGUAAAACCAAAACAGACUUUCCCCCUGCAGUGGCGGAAAAGACAUUGCAGUCGUCAACAUGAAGUGACUGUGACCUAUAACCCCUACAGCAUUUCAGCAGAGACGUAGAUGGACGAGGCCAAUAUGUUUGUUUUUUUCCGGCAUGGACCUCCUGCACUUGUCUGUGUCAUAAUCCAGGUUGAGUGGUAAUGUUUUUGCUUGUCUGUCUGUACAGUCUUUACCUUGAGGCUUUGCGUCCUCCUUGAUAGAAGACACAAGUGGAGUCUAUAUCAAAGGUCCUCGUCUUUCAACCUCUGCUUGAACUAUUGCCCCAUCAGAUUUCCUAAAUGGAUUUUUAUUUUCUUUAGUUUUCAAACGUUUAUUUAACUAGGCAAGUCAGUUAGAACAAAUGAUUAUUUACAAUGACUGCCUACACGGGCCAAACACAGACGACACUUAUUAUUGUGAAUGAGCAUCGAGUUGGCUAGAGGGCACACUUAACAAAGAUAAAAAGAUGAGCUCUCUAGUAUUUCUCUACUCUAGUCAUUUAUUAAGAUGUCAUAGUACUGAAAAUGAUAAUUUAUUCAUGCCUGGUACUUGAAUCGGUCAGAUCAGUGCCUCUCAAAUUGGUUUAUUUUACGAUUGAAAAAUUAUACCAGUGAACCCAGAGUUCUGGUUCAAUGGAAUAAUUCAGGUAGAGGACAUUUUCAUUGGCUAAUCCGAUGUAAAACAACUUUUCAUCAGAAUGUUUUAGUUGUCCCGUAUCAACACUUGAAGAUGGUGUCUGAGCAUGUGAAUGAAGCCCAUAUUUACCCUGAGUGAGGAAGACUUCCGACUCCAGCCCCACUAUUCACACGAACACACAUCUUCAAUUUGGCUUGUUCCAAGUUAUCCUAGUCAUCCAUGGGAAAGACGAUCUGUUCAGAUCUAGAUCUAAUCACACUGGUGAUUCUCCAAUGGCAAGUGUCCAAUCACAUUUCCCCUUUAGCACUUGGUAGGAAACUUUAAAGGACUUCCUAUUGCCUGAAUAUACAAUAACAGAAAUCUCCUAUUUAUGCCUGUAAGAAAAGCUGUCAAAUUUUCAUACUGUUUUUUUGUGCCUGUCUUUUGAUUGCAGGAAAUGCACUUUUACUGUAUGUGAAAAAUAAGAGGGGGGGGGGGUGAAAGACUGGAAAAGCAUCAGCAACAAACCCCAGGGGAGGAAAAGUUGAGAAGACAGAAAAGAGACUAAAAUCAACCUAUUUUUCUAAUAUUAAAGAUGUGUACAGUUUGAAAUAUCCAAUGGAGAAAACAGACUUCAUAAGGGAAACUGGUGGUAUUAGUGUUUUUGUAAAUCUAAUCAGGGGAAUCUGAUCCCCAGCGCACCUGGACACACAGGGCUUCAAAAAAAGUGCGGCUCUCCUUGCCGGUUCUUUUUGGAGAUGGUGGGGUGGGGGCUAAUGCCACCUCUGGCCUUUAUUUGUUCAUACACACACACACACACACAAACAUGCACACACACACAUCCAAUGGGGCAAAAGCUCAAAGGAGGCAUGGUGAAAAAGAAAGAAGGAAAAGGUUAUAGCGCCUUCAGAAAGUAUUCACACCCUUUGACUUUUUCCACACUUUGUUGUAUUACAAAGUGGGAUUAAAAUUGAUUUAAUUGUAAUUUUUGGAAGGUGGAAGAAUAAAAAAAAACAUUUAUUACAAAUUUAUGAAAAAUUAAAUACUAAUAUCUUGAUUAGGUAAGUAAGUCUCUAAGUGCUUUGCACACCUAGAUUGUACAAUAUUUGGCCAUUAUUCUUUGUAAAAUUCUUCAAGCUCUGUCAAGUUUGUUGUUGAUCAUUGCUAAAAAGCCAUUUUCAAGUCUUGCCAUAGAUUUUCAAGCCAAAUUAAGUCAACACUGUAACUAGGUCACUUAGGAACAUUCAAUGUCGUCUUGGUAAGCAGCUCCAAUGUAGAUUUGGCCUUGUGUGUUAGGUUAUUGUCCUGCUGAAAGGUGAAUGUGUCUGUUGGAAAGCAGACUGAACCAGUUUUUCUUCUAGGAUUCUGCCUGUGCUUAGCUGUACUCCAUUUAUUUUUAUCAUAAAAGUCCUUGCCGAUGACAAACAUACCCAUAACAUGAUGCAGCCACCACCAUGUUUGAAAAUAUGAAGACUGGUACUCAGUGGUGUGUUGUGUUGGAUUUACCCCAAACAUAACGCUUUGUAUUCGGGACAAAAAGUUAAAAUCAGCAAUAGCCUCAUGGUGAAAUCCUUGAGAAGUGUUCUUCCUCUCUUGCAACUGAGUUAGGAAGGACGCCUGAAUCUCUGUAGUGACUGAGUGUAUUGAUACACCAUCCAAAACCUAAUGAAUAACUUCCCCAUGCUCAAAGGGAUAUUAUUAUUUUAUCCAUCUACCAAUCGGUGGCCUUCUUUGAGAGACACUGAAAAACCUCCAUGGUCUUUGUGGUUGUAUCUGUGCUUGAAAUUCACUACUCGAUUGGGGGACCUUACAGAUAAUUUUAUGUGUGAGGUACAGAGAUGAGGUAAUCAUUCAAAAAGAAUG